AAUUUUGCUAGAAACAAACAAACCCUAACAGAAGGAAGGAAGGAAGGGGAGGAAGAGUUGAUUGGGUUCGACGUUUCGGAGGUGUUUCGGGGUCGAGGUGGAUCGAUUGAUUCAUUGAUUGAUUGAUGUAUAUCUAUCGAGAGAUCGGUGGGUCGUCGGUCGGUAGGUGUUUUGUCCACUGUAAGCACGUCUGUCGCUUUCUCCCUCCCCACUCUCUCGGUGGCCCUCCCUCUCGUCCUCCUGCCUUCCGGUUCAUUCAUUGAUUCUUCUUUGUUUCUUUGUUUGGUUCUUUUCUUCCUUUCUUCUGCCUGGUCGGACUUGGCUUCCCUUUCACUUCAGUCCGUCUAUUUUCACAGGCUCGCUCGCCCUGCGAUUCGCACGCUCGCUCGCUCGCUCUCUCUAAAUCUCUCUCACGCGCACUUUCUCACUCGCUUACUCACUCACGCGGUGCAGGAUUACGGGCAGAACGGAAAGAUAAAUAAGGAAGAAGUGGAAUUGGGUGUGAAUUGGAAGGAGAGCGCGGGGAGAAUUGGGGAAGAGGUCGUCGAGGGCGAGGGCGAGGAGCAGGAGGUGGUGGUGGACGAGGAUUGAUUGAUUGAUUGGGCGGGCGGGUGGUGGAUUGAGUAUUCGAUUCGGGGAAGGAGGAGGGGAGGAAACGAGGGGAAGAGGGGGGAAUUGAGUCUUCGAUUGGAGCGAGAGGAGGGUGGAGCGAAUUGACGGGCUGAUUGAUCGCUUGAGAGAUCGAGGGGGGUCCUCGUGGAGUCCUCCAGGGGGAAGGGUGGUGGAGUGGCGAGGAGGGGGCAGUAAUGGAUGGAGUCGCGAUGAGGGGAGGGCCGCAGCAGCAGGCAGAAUCGGCAACUCCUUUUAUUCCCACUCACUCUUGGUAUCCCCCUUCCGUGUUGGGGCCGUCCGCGAGCGCCUCUCGUGUUUCCUCUCCCUCGACGACGAGUUCAGGCGGAACCCCGAAUCCUCUCUCCAGGACCAGUGCAGCCAGCAGUGACUCGCAAAGGCCGCGCUCCCCCGGUUCUCAGUCGCAACGCUUGUCCUCCUCUGUCAGCAAUGCACUUCCGGUCCUCAAAGAUAAGAGUGCCGAAGAACUCCGUGGAUUACUUAUGGACAAGGACUUGUACAAUGCAUUACUACAUUCACUUGAUCAAGUUCGACAUUUAGACACGCUCCGCGAUGACUUGAGAAAAGGCAACAUUGACCUUGCACGACAUAAUUUGGGAAAGGAGGCAGAGAUCGCAGAGCUCAGAAAUCAGUGCAUGAUAAUCAGAAAUACCCAGCUCGCUGCUGCCAGGGAAAAGUUUGAGGAAGUGGAGAAACGUGAGAAAGAGGUUAACGCACGUUGUUCUCCUGCAUCCCUCUUGGACCGGCUUGCGGAUGCUGCUAAUGAGGCUGAUGAAGAAUCUGAGACGAUCCAUCAGCAGCUUCUUUCAGGGGAGAUAGAAUUGGGAGAAUUCAUUUCGAAAUAUAGAAAAGAGCGAAUUCUUUAUCACAAGCGAACGCUUACACGGAUGGCAGCUAUGACAUCGUUGACCACUCCUGGGUAGUAUGUGCAACUGCGGUUUGCAAAAAAUUGUACAUUGAUGAUAAAUGAACCAAAGUUUGUCUUUUGACCUCUCAGAAAUUGUGCGUCUCGUAGAAGAAGACAAAACCUGUCACCAGACCUAUGUACCCUCUCGUCAGUGUGGCUAUGACUUAGGAUUGGAAAGCACCAUGAUACCGUUGUAGAAUGCUUUGUGUGAUUUUAGUUGGGCCUUCAAUUUUUUUGGUUCUGGACAUUUUUGUUUGCAAGAGAAAUUUAAUGCAUAUAUUUUCAAGUGAGAAAGUCAUCAUGACUCCUCACCUCAGCUUAUCUUCCGUUGUGUGUACUGGUGUUGUACCAAUGAUCUCCACAAUGGCUGGAGCAGUAAUUGCGUCAACAACAUCGUAAUGAACAAGAAGGUAUACAAAGUCGAC